AUGCCCUCAUACGGAUCUCUCCAUUCUCCCUCGUUGAAGAAGCACAAUAUGUUGGAAACUCGAAGAGGAGCCAUGAUUGAUUUCGGUCUCAUUGUGGGCGAUCCCUUCGCCUUGGCUACGGUCUCUGUCUCUAUCCUCGCAUGGUUGAUCGCAUUUAUUUCCUCUAUCAUUGCCAAUGUGCAGGACACCUUCCCUAAAUAUGCCUGGUGGGCCGUGGCCUACAUGCUUUGCUGCAUUGUUGGCGUCACCUUUGUCUUCGCGACCAAUUCUGCAAGCAACUACAAUGUUGCGGUUGUUGGCUAUCUUGGGGCUGGUCUUGUUAUGACAACCUCUUCAGUGAACAACCUCGUCUAUCAGCCUGAAGGUGCCAAGGAAGCUGCCGCAGCCGGUCACAUCUUGCUCUCAAUGGUUGCGAUCAUCUGGAUCUUUUAUUUUGGUUCUACACCCUCCUCAACCCCUCGCCAAUUCAUUGACCAGUUCGCCCUUCACAAAGGCCGCAACGAUUUCCGUGGCCCUGCACAAAGCAUGACCAAUAUAUACGACCGUCCGCAGACCACAGCUUCUGCUCAGCCCCCGCAAAUGUACACGUCGGCACAAUUGAAUGGCUUUGAAACCUCUUCUCCUGUUUCGGGAUACCCAGGCGGACCUGCAGGAGGAGCGGCGGCGGCUCGGGCCUCAGCACAACCAGCCGCCAAUACGAGUAGCGCACCUACCCCCGCACAGGAAGUCAGUCCACCCACCGAAUAUCCCUACCGUGCCAAAGCCAUCUACAGCUAUGAGGCCAACCCCGAUGACGCCAAUGAAAUCAGCUUCAGCAAACACGAAAUUCUCGAAGUUUCUGAUGUCAGCGGCAGAUGGUGGCAGGCUAAGAAAGAAAACGGGGAGACGGGUAUUGCCCCGAGCAAUUACUUGAUCCUCUUAUGA